UACAGAAGUGUGCAACCAAUCAGAUGUGCUCUGCAAACUAAGAAAAUGAUGAUUUUUAAAAAUAGUUCUACUGUAUAAACCAUUCAGUCAUUAAUGCUCUAAGCAAAUUUAAAUAUAAUAACAGGGUGCUAAAGAAUACAGAAUUUGUUGGAUUCUCUCAUAAGAAUACUAAAAUAUUUUGAUGUGUUCCCACUGCAUGAUCCCCAAGUCAGCAACAUUUGACACCUCAUUAUACCUAAUAUACCUAAAAGGCACCACACCAAGGACAGUCUUGUUUCCAACGUAACAGAAAACAGUGAUUUAUGGAAUGUAUCCAAGAGUAAAUGGUUAAAUACAGGUUAUGCGUGAAAGAGCAGACAGAGACACGUAAAUGUCACUGCACAUUACAGGAUAUGUUUGAAUCCGCCAUGUCCAGAAAUACUCCGGCUGCUUGACAGACAUUUUACGAAUUUUUAUACACAGUGACUGGUUAAGUUACGGAGUGUAACUUAUCGUACAGACCGACAGUCAUGCCACAUAACGUCAAAUAUAUUUUCAUUGACUUUUCCUAUACUGUGAAUCUGAAAAUGUGGUUGAAACUGAACGCAGCGCCAGUUGUUGCUGGGGCCAGAAUCCGACGGAACACAACGCUUCCGCGGCUGCCUGACAGAAGACAGAGCUACCUACAGGUCCCGCCUAUAUUAGUCACGUGAUCUAAGGAUGAGGCUCCUCAUUGGUCCCCUCGCCUGUCUAUCUAAGCGCCAUGCUGACGAUCCUUCAGGUGAAAUUGCUGAAGACAUUCUUGGCGAUUUUCUCACUGAGCUGUCAUACAACAUUUAAAAAAUAAUAAUUCUGGAAUGGGGGCGGGAUAUUUGUGUACUUGGGCUUUCCGGGCAAUACUGAAGCAGGCGCGAAGAAUCGGGAAAACAGCAACAAAAUAAAAGGAUCACGCCCGUUCGCUUUGCUCGACCAUUGAUUGACAGCUGAGGCGCGGAGCAGGAAGAGUAGCGCGGCGCUCAAGCCUCACACACCCCGGACGGCCGAGUUGCACCAUGGCCUCCCUCACUCACCCAGGCAGCGCCUCCGUGCCCAUGGUCAUGCUGGCCCCGAAAACCAAAACGAAAAAGAAGCAUUUUGUCCAGCAGAAGGUGAAGGUCUUCCGGGCCAGCGAUCCGGUGCUCAGCGUCUUUAUGUGGGGUGUAAAUCACUCGAUAAAUGAUCUAAACCAGGUUCCAGUUCCAGUUAUGCUCCUCCCUGAUGACUUUAAAGCCAACACUAAAAUCAAAGUCAACAACCAUCUCUUUAACAAAGAGAAUCUUCCUGGGCAUUUCAAAUUCAAAGAGUAUUGCCCCCAGGUCUUUAGGAACCUGCGAGAGCGAUUUGGCAUUGAGGAUCUGGAUUACCAGGUCUCCCUGACCCGCAGUCCUCCUGUAAAGGGCGAAGGACGGGGGGAGGGUCUCCUCUUUACCUCGUAUGACCGGACACUGGUGGUGAAACAGAUCUCCAGUGAGGACGUGGCCGACAUGCACAGCAUCCUGUCUGAAUAUCACCAGCACAUAGUGAAGUGUCAUGGCAGUACCCUCCUCCCCCAGUUCCUGGGCAUGUACCGUGUGAGCGUGGAGAGCGAGGAUACCUACCUCAUUGUCAUGAGGAACAUGUUUAGCCACCGGCUGGUCGUGCACAGGAAGUAUGACCUUAAGGGUUCCUUAGUAUCCCGUGAGGCCAGUGAUAAGGAGAAGGUGAAAGAAUUGCCCACCUUUAAGGAUGUGGAUUUUAGGAACAACAUGCAGAAGGUGUAUGUGACGGAGGAUGACAAAGAGAAAAUGAUGGAGAAGCUUAACAGGGAUGUGGAGUUCCUAGUGAAGCUAAAGAUAAUGGACUACAGCCUACUGCUUGGUAUCCAUGACAUUGCCCGUGCGGAACGUGAGGAAGAGGAUGCUGAGGAGCCUGGUGGAGAGGACGAAGGGGAGGCAGAGAAUGGCCUGACCCCCGCCCCACAGGUGGGCUCCUUCGGCACAUCCCCCGAGGGCAUCGCCGGCUACAUGAACUCCUUUAAGCCCCUGGGUCCUGGCGAGUUCGAGCCCUACGUGGACGUGUAUGCCGUCAAAAGCGCUCCAGGAGCGCCGCAGAGGGAGGUGUACUUCAUGGGCCUUAUAGACGUGUUGACGCAGUACGACACCAAGAAGAAAGCAGCACAUGCUGCCAAAACCGUCAAGCACGGGGCUGGGGCAGAGAUAUCCACUGUUCAUCCUGAGCAAUAUGCGAAGCGAUUCCGUGACUUUAUUUCCAACAUAUUUGCGUAGCGUGUUGUGCGUUGCCCAUCAUGAAUCGGACUUGUUCCUCUGAUACUCUUAAUUGUUUUGUAUAUAUAUUUACAAAAACUUCCAUGAUUACAUAAGCACACCUCCAAAACAAGAAAUUAAGAUGAGCUUUAACAUUUUGACCAAUGUUUCAGAAAUUAUGUACAUAUUUACUGGCAAACAAGGUAAGAUGAGACUGAAAUCAUCAUAUAGCAGUAGUAUCAUAUCUCACUGAGUAAAAAAAAGGGUACAUUUACAUAAUCUGUUCUUUAUGUGAAGAGAUAUGACUCUAAACCUGUAGCAGUUCCACACAAUAACGCCACCCCCCAUGAAAGCUCAAGCAUUCUCUCCGUCUCUGAAUGGAAAGGGAAACUGCUUUAGCUUAUCAACACGAGCGGAA